AUGGUCCCUCUCCCUCUCCUGCGCGUGGCGUUCGCUGAGAUGGAAACUGCAGAAACAGGAGGAGCUAUCCUGGAACAUCCCGAGGUAGAGACGGAGUCAUCGUAUAAGCUCGACCAAGGUCUCACUGUCACCAGUCGCUUCUUCACUACGCCUGGUGGCUAUCCCAAACUAGUUGCUGUCAUUGAAAAAGAAGAGCCUUGGGUGGAGCUACAAGAAGAGGACCUCUUCCACAAGAAGCACAAAAAUUCCAGCCCCUCUCCGAAAGCCCAGAAACCUCGGCUCAAGGAAGUCAAGCUAUCCGCUAUUGCCACCUAUAAGCCACCGACUGUCCAUGACCUCAUUGCCGAGAAGCAGAAGCUACAGGAGCAGAACGAAGACACCAUCGUCCAUCUGCUCAUUGAGAACAGCCCUGGGCUCAAGACAGUUAGCAGAAUUGCAUCACUGCCAACUACAAAGAAUGCGACUCAGCCGAACAUGCAAUCGUCGCAUACCGCGCAUAUCAACAUCACCGAGCGCAACCUCCGCCCCAUGCCACUAUCGGACGAGGCCACCGAUUAUGAGGAUCAGCACAAAAUCACCGACGUCUCAGACGCUGAGUAG